ACUCCCCCUAGGCCCUAACCAACAAAAGCCCUAGAAAAGCCAACCCUUCCCCGUAUCUCUCGACAUCUCCCCUUCUUUCUACCUUCAUCGGCUCCGUUGCCCUACAACUCCCUGAGAUCUGGCCUCCGCCCUUUAGCCCUCCUGUGUGUUUUCUCGCGGUUUCCUUUGCUGUUCCUUUCGGUAUCCUUCGAAGGACCCUUUCGUGCUUUCUUGGUCGAGGAUACAUAUCUUCAAAUUAAAUGGCUACUUCUGUUGACAUGUCUCUUGACGAUAUUAUUAAGAAAAAUAGAGGGAGAGGCAGAGGCCGAGGUAGUGCCCAACGUGGGCGAGGAACUGUUAGGUCAUUUAGUGCUGGAAGAAUGACAGGGAAGGUUCAUAGAGGUCCACUUGGGGUGAAUGCGCGGCCAUCACAGUUCACAAUUUCCAAGGCAAGCACAAUACCAAGGAUCUCAUGCUUGGCACUUGAUAUCUCUAUGAAACCGAAUUUCAGAGGAUCUCUAAUAAUGCUUAGAAACUCAAUAUACAGUGGAUCUCUGACGUAAUGCAUUCACGGGGAAGCUCAUUAAUGGCAACCAUUACUUCCGUUGCAUAUCAUAGUUAUCAUUGUGGGCAUUUUGAAAUUUCAGCUGCUUGGGCAACGGAUUGGUCAUUCUGCUAUGGGCCAGAUCUCACUAAAAUAGAUACAUAAUAUGCAAUUUUGCAACUGCCUAGUAUUUAUGCCGGUGGUUCCACUAGGUGAAAACUUUGGGUUUUCCUCUAUUGAAUCAGCCAUCAAUUAGCCUAUGCCUACAAGGUAGUGGUGGCGAUUGAUGUGAUCCGUGUAAUGGGAGAUAGUAAUGCAUCCUCUUGUCAUGUGUGGAAUGCUCGAUGGGGGAAGUCUCAUGUCCUUUGGCAAGGGAGUUACCUUCCUGAACUUUGGAGCUGGAGCUCUCACCUAAAGCAUAACAACAUUGUUCACAUGCAGUGGAUUGAUUUGCUCCUCCCUACAUCUGAUGUCGCAAUUUCCUCAAGUCUCCCCAAAUGCCUGCUCGCAGAGUUAGAAAUUUGCCUUGGCAGCAUGAUUUGCUCGAGGAAAGUAUUAGAGCUGCAGGAAUAACUGGCAUCGAAGUGGGUACAAAGUUGUGUAUCUCAAACUUGGAUCAUAAGGUGUCAAAUGAUGACAUAAGGGAGCUUUUUGCUGAGAUUGGAGACCUAAAGCGAUAUGCUGUUCAUUAUGACAGAACAGGCCGCCCUAGUGGUUCUGCUGAAGUAGUAUACACACGGAGAAGUGAUGCAUUUGCUGCUCUGAAGAAGUAUAACAAUGUGCUAUUGGAUGGGAAGCCUAUGAAGAUUGAAAUUGUUGGUGCCAACGAGGAUUUGCCUAUAUCAGCUAGAGUAAAUGUCACUGGAGUCAAUGGAAGACAAAAGAGGACUGUUGUUAUGACGGCUGGACGGGGCCGUGGGAGAGGGGGCUUUGCUGCAGCUACACGGGGCAGGGGUUCUGGUCAAAGUAAACGCGGGGGACUGCAGACCGGUAGCCGUGGUGGUCGUGGUGGUGCUGGCGGUCGUGGUGGUGGUGUAAGGGGAGGUGGAAGAGGGCGAGGCCGUGGGAAGAAGGGGGCCGUGGAGAAGUCAGCUGAUGAUCUUGACAAGGAGCUAGAGAACUAUCAUGCGGAAGCCAUGCAGUCAUAAGGAAAUUACUGUGGUUGUGGUAGAGGGAACUUGAAACUAGUAGUAGUGUUUAGCCCCGCUUUACUGUUUUGGUUGGAGUGCGCUGGUUUGAUGAUGUGGAUGAGGAAAGUGUUUACUGUCUAUAUCAAGUGCUCGUACUUCUGUAUGGAUGAUUCGCUAGUUAUCUUAUCUGUGGGUCAGUUAGGUGGGAAGUUGGAUUGGUUUCCUGUAGGAACUUGAAGGGUUGUUGUCUGUUUGGUUUGAAUUCAUCGAUUGAUCUUGUAUUCCAGCACCAUUUACAGCCUCUUGGGCGCAACUUUAGUGAGAUGCUAAGCUGGUGGGGUGGGAGGCCACCAAGCUAAGCAGCGCCUACACCAGCUGUGUCAACAACUUGGAUACAGGAACUCUACUCGUGCAAGAGAUUAGUUUGGAAUGAUAGGUGGAUACCCG